CUAUCAGUUCUGAGAACGCCAUUUCUGAGCACACUCCGUUGUCGGUGUGUGCGUGCGUGUGUGAAGUGUUGAAAGGAACGUAAUUUUGAAGUUGGACAAAAACGCAUAGCACAAUGGGCAGCAUCAUGAAAAUACACUUCAGCAACAGUACGGGAGUAUCGCUGAACGAUCGGUUCACCAUCAUGGCCAAGAUCGGCGACCCUCCAGCCGCCGCCGCCGCCGUAGGAACUGGACCUGGUGUCCGAGUAGUGCCCGUUCCAAACAGACCUCGUCCCCGUUCAAACUCGUUGUCCCGGUCCGACACCAACCGACAGCUCAUCAGUCAGUGGGAUCGCUCGCAUGCCGUGCAAAGUGCUGCCCUGGCGUUGAAAAAUACUUCUACGAUUCGCUCGGGGCGACAAAGAUUGCAACGCAAUAACAUGCAGUCGCAGCAGCUGAAGCGUACGCUGGGAGCCCUUCCCGGUGGUUUUGGACGUUUGCAGCGGUCAAACAGCUUUGGAAAUAUUGCGACAAUGAACGCCGAUCGAGUUGAGCUUCAACAGAAAUUUCGAAGCAAGGCCAAUGCAGUCGCUUCCCGGUUGGGUCAAACGCGUGCCAUGGAAACCGGUGCGAUCCAGCGCGGACGAUCACGCACCCGACGAACAUCGAGUGCUCGGAGCGCAUCGCGCCCCCGAAGCGCAUCACGCACAAGAAGUGCAUCGCGCAAUCGUCAGUAUUCUUCAGGGCUACGUCGCUCCGGAUCGAACGCCAACCUGUCCGGUAGCCGCAACGGUUUAAAUACAAUCCGCAACGAAGGAGCACCGGUUCGUCGCCGUCUCAAUCGCACCAAGUUAACGCUGGCCGAACGCAUUGGCGUCAGGAAUGGUGCGGUGGCGACAACCACUCGUGGUCGCAGCCGUAGCCGCAGUCGACUCCGCACUACACCAGCGUCCGUCGCUGCCGCAACAGCCGCUGCCGCCUCUAAUGGUCGCGCUCGGCCACGCAAACGGGCUGGCUCACGGAUGAAGUCACGCACCGGAAGUGUAAACAGUCGGCUCGGCGCGAAUCGCACCAACGAACCGACCGCCAUCUCUCGCGUUGACGGUGGCCGUGUGGCCAAGCGAAGCACAAGCCGACGCAGACGUGGUGGACAGGGCGCAACGGUCGUCGCCGGCACGCGCCCCGGUCGCUCGGUGAAGAGAGGAGCAGCCGUGACGGCAGCAACUGGCCGUGGUACGCCAAAGAAUGGUGCCCAGAAUAGUGCCCAGAACGGUGGCCCAGGGGCGGGCAAACGAGGACGAUCUCGAUCUCGGUCGCGAGCUGUAAAUUCUCGCACUCGUGCACGCAAUGUGGUGAAAAAACGCACACAAGCACCCAAGCAGCAGAAGGAAGUCAAGAGCCGCGAGGAACUGGACAACGAGCUGGAUCAGUACAUGGCCAAUACGAAGUCCUGCCUUGACAAGGAAAUGGACGAGUACAUGAAUGGUAUCGGAGGCAGGCAUUGAUGAGCACGAGUGAAGAGGCGUAAUCAACUUUGAACUUCAAACCUGGAUUCAUCAGACUCGCACGCUAUCCUCGCGUUUAGUGUGAGGCAUUAUCAUUUAUAAUCACCCUUAGUUGGUAGGAACUUCUUUGAACUGUAAAUAUGAUUCUAAUUUAUAGUACUUAUCAAUAAAUGUU